AUGUCGGACCCAUCACCCGAGUUUCUCUAUCUAACAGCAACGCUUCUAUCUUCAUUACCUCUUUCAGAUAAAUCAGUGGACGAAACUCUUCUUCUUCAACUUCACUCAAUCUUUGGACCUAUGUUAUUGUCAGCUUUACAAAUUAUGGAUCGUCAAGAUGGUUCACCAUAUACCAUCUUCCUCGAUCUUCCUCAUUCCGAUCCGGAAGAAGAGAUCACUACAGAUCCCACUACCACUGCUGGCACAGACCAUCCUGUCAAUCUUCUCAAGCCCCUUCUGGAUUCUAGAAUGGAGGAUUCGCCUGAUAUACCUGUAUCAGACACGUCGGGUAACAUUCAUGGGAAUAAUCAGAGUCGUGCGGCUGAAGAGAUGAAUAGAGACGCCUCGGAGAUAAACCCGACUAUCGAUGCCGUACGAGAGAAUGACGGCUCACGGAUUGACUCCGAGAAAAGAAGUUCGGCUAAGGUCUCCAGUGAGAGAAUGACGAAGGAGGCGAGGUUGAAGAGAAGCAGGAAUGAGAGAAUACAAAAAUUAGUAGAUACUUUAAAGACGAGUUAUUGUCCUUGUGCAGGAUAUGGUUGUCAUUCAUUUGGAUCAGGCAAGAAUGUUUUAAGAGAACAGGAGAAAGAGGGAAGAGAGAGAAGAGAGAAGGUCCAAAGGAAAUACAGUCAGGAAAUGCGCUGCCGAGUCAGCACAAUAUGGAACAUGCACUGA